CAUCGCUCGAACACAAGCUGGCUUCUUUCGCUUCGGGAGUGUUUCCCAUUCCCAUUAAACAAAACAGUGAUGAAGAUGGCGGAGGGUUAAUGGGGAAAAGAAGAAUUUGAUGUUCCCACUAAGACAACUGACUCCAGCAUUACCUGGUACCUGUCCAGAUCAGAUCUUUCUCCAGAAGGCUCUAUCUUCUCGUCCAUACCUAGCGGCUAUCACAAGGAUGUGAAGUGGAAUGAAGUUGGAUUCCGUGGUUUCUACUCAGCGUUAAGAGGUGCUGAUAUGUGUACACGAUGAGCGGACUGGGGGACAACUCCAUGGAGCCUCUGAGCUCAGAGAACCGAAAGCGCAAGCUCUCCACCUGCGACACACCCGGUCUGGGGUGUGAGAGGAGGCGUCGGGAGCAGGAGAGUAAAUACAUCGAGGAGCUGGCCGAGCUCAUCUCCGCCAACCUCAGCGACAUCGACAGCUUCAACGUGAAGCCAGACAAGUGUGCCAUCCUCAAGGAGACGGUGCGGCAGAUCCGCCAGAUCAAGGAGCAGGGAAAAGCCUCGUCCAAUGACGACGAUGUCCAGAAGUCUGACGUGUCUUCCACAGGCCAGGGGGUCAUCGAUAAGGACCACCUGGGGCCCCUCCUGCUGCAGGCACUGGAUGGCUUCCUGUUUGUGGUGAAUCGGGAGGGCAGCAUCGUGUUUGUGUCUGACAACGUGACCCAGUACCUGCAGUACAAACAGGAGGAGCUCAUCAACACCAGUGUCUACAACAUCCUGCAUGAGGAGGACAGGGAGGAGUUCCACAAGAACCUGCCUAAGACCAACGUGAGUGGUGUGUCCUGGGGAGGCGAGGCCCCACGUCAGAAGAGCCACACCUUCACCUGCCGCAUGCUCGUCAAGUUUGGACACGCCCACGGACCUGUGGAGGAGGGGCCAGGCCGGCGCUACGAGACCAUGCAGUGUUUUGCACUGACCCAGCCCAAGGCCAUGAUAGAAGAGGGAGAAGAUCUGCAGUCUUGUAUGAUCUGUGUGGCUCGCCGUGUGACGGCUGUAGAAAGAACGGAGAGCUUCAACACCAGGCAUGAGCUCUCAGGCAAGCUGAUCCAGAUAGACCAGAACUCUCUGAGAGCGUCCAUGCGUCCAGGCUGGGAGGACCUGCUCAGACGCUGCAUCCAGAUGUUCCUGCAGCACAGCGAUGGGCAGCCCUGGUCCCACAAACGCCAUUACCACGAGGCCUUUUUGCAGGGCCAUGCGGAGACCCCACUGUACCGCUUCUCUCUGUCGGACGGCACCCCAGUCACAGCCCAGACCAAGAGCAAGCUGUACCGCCACCCCAUGAGCAACGAGCCGCAAGGCUUCAUCUCCACUCACCUGCUUCAGAGGGAGCCAAAUGGCUAUCGCUCUGCCCAGGCAGGGGGCAUGAUGCCAGGACCCAUGAGGCAGCAGAGCAUGGGGGGCCCCAACCCCAACAUCCAGAUGAACAUGCCCCCUGGCGGGGGAAUGGGCAUGGGGGGCAUGAACCGUGGCUUUGGCAUGAAUGAGCAGAACCACAUGGGCCACAUGAACCAAAUGGGCGGGGGCUCCAUGUAUGGAGGAGGAGGGGGAGGAGGAGGAGGAGGGGGGGGUGGAAUGGGCAUGGGAAACAGGAUGAUGCAGAUGAACCAGAUGGCUCAAAUGGGCCAGAUGAAUCAGAUGGGUCAGAUGAAUCAGAUGGGCCAGAUGAGUCAGAUGGGCCAGAUGAGUCAAAUGAGUCAGAUGGGUCAGAUGAACAACCCUGGCCCUGGCAUGCAGCAGCACCCGCAGCAGCCCCCCUUCCAGAGCAGCGGGGGAUUCGGCCUGGGGGGCAUGAACAGCCCUUCAGGAAGCCCCCGCAUGAGUGGCCCCCAACAAGGGCUCCUGAUGUCCCCCCGCAACCGAGGGAGCCCCAAGAUGGGCAGCAGCCAGUUCUCACCUGGAGGCAUGCACUCUCCAAUGGGCCUUGGCAGUGGAGGAGGAGUGGGUGGGGGUGGGGGUGGGGGUGGUGGAACCUCCUUCUCCAGCAGCUCCCUCAAUGCCCUGCAGGCCAUCAGUGAGGGGGUGGGCAGCUCCCUACCCUCCACCCUCACUUCCCCGUCCCCUGCCCACAAACCAGACAGUUCCCCCAGUGUCCACUCCUCUUCAUCAUCCUCCCAGUCCAACCAGCCAGCCAAGCAAGGUCAGGAAGGCUCCACAAGCCCUGCUGGGGGCCCGGGGCCUGGGCACGGCGACCACCAUCACCCCCUCCACCACCACCACCACCCACACUCCCAGGCGGAGAGCUCUGCAGAAAGAGCAGACAGCCAAGCCACCGCUGGCGGCAAGGAGCCUAUAGAGAGUGGGAGUGAGGCUGGGAUGGCCGGCUCUGAAUCCUCUCGCCGGGUGACAGACAGUAAAGGCCAUAAGAAGCUGUUGCAGCUGCUCACCUCCCCCACUGAGGAGCUGGGGAUUGGGGGCACGGGCCCAGCCGGAGCCCUUCUACCACCACCACCUCCAGCCAGCAGUAACACACCAGCAGGCUUGGACAGCAAGGACCCCGCUGGAGGUAUGACAAGCCCCUCCUCUACCGGAGUCUCUUCCUCUUCCUCCACCAAUCAGGGCCAGGCAGCAGUUGUCGGGGGUGUGCCCGGUGGUCUCUCCUCCACCCAAUACACAGCCUCUCUGCAGGAGAAGCACAAGAUCCUCCACAAGCUGCUGCAGAACGGCAACACGCCCGACGAGGUGGCCAAGAUCACAGCCGAGGCGACGGGGAAGGUGACCCUGGGGGGCCAGGAAGGCGGAGAGACGGGGGCGGCAGGAGGAACCGGGGGUCUGGGGGGAGGGACUGAGCCCAAGCAAGAGCAGCAAAGCCCCAAGAAGGAGAAGACUCACGCUCUCCUCCACUACCUCCUCAACAACUCCUCAACUGACUCCAAAGAGGCAGUGGAUGUGAAGCCCAAGCCCGAGGAGCUGGAGGGGAAGGGGCCGGCGGCAGCCCCAGGCGGGCCCCAGCGCAGCUGCCCUGGCUCUGGGCCCACGCCCGAACACCCCGAGAGCAAAAUCAAGUCGGAGCCACCUGAUGAGCUGGAUAACCUGGAGUCGAUCCUAGGAGGACUGAGGGGCUCUGGGUCAGAGUUCUAUCCCGACCAGGGCACGGGAGGAGGGGCCAGCGAAGGAGGAAACAAGCCCCAAGGAUGCCUUGAUGACAGUCUGCAAGGGAGCCCAGGUAUGGGUCCGGGGCCCCGGGGGCCCUUCCAGAGGGCCAUGUCAGUGGACAGUAAGCCCCCCGGGGGGCCUGGAGGGCCAGGGAGGCGCCCCAUGCUCAUCAAGCAGGAGAACAUAAUGGGCAGCCCAGACAGCUACCCAGGGAACAUGGGUGUGUGUCCCAGAGGCAUCGGAACAAGAACAAUGAACAGGGGAAUGGGAGUUCCCCAGCGGUCCCCCAUGGGGGGUUCUGGUGAGUGGGGGAUGCCCCGCUCCAGUGCCAGUCCUGUGGGCUCAGCAGGACACCCCUCCAUGAUCCGUCCAGGAAUGGACUACAACUCCAAGGGCAUGAUGGGAGGCCCCAUGGUGGGCAGGUCCAACAGCGUUCCUGGCACCAGGUCAAUGCUGCAACAGCAGCUGAUGGACAUGGGCUCCGGUGACAUGGGGAUGGGGAUGAGCCCAUUCAGCCAGCAAGGUCAGCCCAGCCAGUCUCCCUCCUGGCCAGACAGCAUGAUGGGGAUGGAGGGUGGUCACAACAGACGUCAGUUUGGGAACGCCCUGGACGAGCUCCUGGUGCCGCCCACCACCAGUGAGGGCCAGAGUGACGAGCGGGCGCUGCUGGAUCAGCUGGACUCUCUACUGAACAACACAGACGGCAUCGCCCUGGAGGAGAUCGACCGGGCCCUGGGCAUCCCCGACCUCGUCAGCCAGGGCCAAGGGCCAGCUGAGCACCAUGUGGAGCCCUUCCCCGGCCAGGACACGUCCAUGGUGCUGAAGCAGGAGCCCAUGUACGGCCAGGGCUACCCCGGACCCCCCUCUGCAGGAAUGCAGUCUCCCUACGGGGGCAACCCCAUGCCGGGCCAGCCCCAGCAGGGGGGCUUCGGCCCCAUGCUGUCCCAGAUGGGCCAGGGGGGCAGCUUCCCUGGGAUGGGGGGCAUGGGGGGCAUGGGCCACCCCCGCGCCAACAUGAUGAGACCCAGGAUGAUGAGUGCUACCAAGCCCAUGAGGCUGCAGCUGCAACAAAGACUACAGGGACAACAGUUUAUGAGUCAGACCCGUCAGGGCAUGGCCAUUAAGAUGGAGAACCCAGGAGCGGGCAACCCUGGCAUGCGCCCAGGCAUGCAGCCUGCCAUGGGUGGACAGCCUGGCUUCCUGAACGCCCAGAUGAUGGCUCAGCGGAGCCGGGAGAUGGUCACCAUGCAGAUGAGGAGGCAGAGAAUGAUGAUGCUGAUGCAGCAGCAGCAGCAGCAGCAAGCUGCAGCCGCCGCUGGAGGGUUCAGCCCCCCUCCCAACGUUACUGCACCCGCCGGCAUGGACGCCCCCAUGGGAGGGCCCAACAUGGGCCAGCCGGGCCCCCAGCAGUUUGGCUAUGGAGGAAACUAUGGGAUGGCCCAGCAGGGGGACCCAUCGUUCGGCCCCUCAGGGGGAAGUCCCCCCAGCGCUAUGAUGUCAGGGCGCCUAGGUCCGCCUCAGAAUCCCAUGAUGCAGCAGCACCACCAGGGCGGUGGCAUGUAUCAGGGCACAGACAUGAAGGGCUGGUCACAGGGAGGCAUGGGACGCAACAGCUCCUACCCGCAGCAGCAGUUUGGCCAGCAGGGCAACCCGGGCCAGUACGGGGGCAUGAUGAUGAACGGGGGCAUGCCUGCCAACGGAGGAGCGGGUCACAUGGGCCAGAUGGGGGGCCAGAUGGGGGGCCAGAUGGGCAUGAACCCUAUGGUGAUGGGACGCAUGCCUAUGGGGCCUGACCAGAAAUAUUGCUGAACAUGAGAUGGAGGCCGAUAUGAAGAAACAGACUCACUGUGAUCCACCUUCAGAGACAUGACGUCUGUGUGCGCGCGUGUGUGUGUGGGUGUGUGGUGUAACUCCAACCAGCUGGGGGUGCUGUUUCCCUCUCCGUAGGCCAGAGUUGACCGAGCCACAGCCUGAGGAACAUUGAGUACACAUGGCACCUGAGCACAAACUGGAUCACAAUGCCCCCCCCCCCCCCCCAACAAAGUCAGAUACACACUGUGACACACACACAUAUAACCACUCAUACAGAACACUGUAUUUCUUCCCCUAUCAGACUCAUGCAGUUCUUCUAGAUUCCGCUCUGUAAGUGUGUGUUUGUGUGAGCACACUCAUGCAUGCUCUUAACACAACUCACUGGACCAAAAUGAUGUAAGGUUAACACACUCAAGAAGGACGUGGAUCCAACAGUCAGGAAGGACAAACAUGAGUGGUGGUCCAUGGCCCUGACAGUGACAGCUCAGCUCACAGUGUUUCACAGAGACUCUGGGUACAGGUACGACAGAUACUAGUUGGCUGUGGUUGCACUUUAAUGAAGGCUGUCGGUAAAAGGAUUGUGGCAAUAUUCCAUGGUCAUAGAGGCCUUCAUCCAAGAAUAAUUGCAUAACUGCAAAUGUUGUUGUUUAUUCUUGUGUGUGUUCUGCUGUUCUUGACUUGAGAAUGGGUAACCAAUAUUGAUUGGAAAUGGGUGACCAUGAUGAUCAUUGUUAUAAAUGAGUAACCAAUGGAGUGGCAGUAAGCACAGAUUUUAUACAACACUUUCUUCUGCAGUGUGUUGAUUAUGAGAGAGUACGCAGAUUGGAAACUUUUUACAAAACUUGACAAGAAGACUAACUAGUCUCUUUUAGAGUGCACAAAUUACUGUUUUAUUUAUAACGAUUCAUAAAUGUCUGAAUUUUAAAAUCAAGGUGUAUUGUAUUUUUAAGGUACAACUAUUGAAAUAUUUUGAUUACCUUUUAAAUUUGUUGGCAAUUGCUUAAGAUGGUUGAUUCCCAUAGUAAUUCACACUGGAGAAGAAAGUGUUCCUUAGAUUUAAAUGUAUAUAUGCAGAUUUCUAGCAAUAAUCUUCCCUCCUUGCUUCCUUCUGAGGACGUUGUGAUCAUUAUCUACUCAAAGCGAAGGUACUGCAGUAUUAGAUGCGAUGUCGUUUGAAACUUUUCUUUCUGUCUGUGAAUACAAAUUGUAAAUAUGCUUCAAAUGUACUAUAUAUAAAUAUAUAUAUGCUUUUGUAGGUCACAUACUGUUUUUGCACAGAUUGUAAGGCUUGAUAUUUAAAGUGUAAUUUUCUUAUUCUGUUGUAGGUCAAUACAGCUUUUAUUUCCAAUAUUUCAUUUCUGGUUGAAAGGCAGGGAGACCUUCUUUUCUCAUUGCUAAUACACAUCUAAAAAGGUUCCUCUCUGAAAGUGAAGACUGCCACAUUCAUUCUCUCUGAAAGCACUUUUUAUUUUUAUUUGUGAUCAAGUCAUACAUUUCUCUUUUUCAAGGACAUUCGCAUAGAUGUAGAGGUGCUAGUGUGAUCCUGUAUUUUCUUUUUUGAUUGAUUAUAGAAAGAAGAAAAAAAAAUACACAAAAGAUGCCUAUAAAUAAGUUGACACAUGAUUGUGUUUCGUGUCCUAGUGGCCCAGGUGUGUGCCAGUGUGUGGGUUGAUAGUAGCUUUUAGACUGAGGCCCAAUCAAGCUCAGUGGCUGCAGCUCCAUUUCCAUUCCUUAGAGUUUCAAAUGUCCUUCCAUUACAGAUUCAAAUCAUAUUUUGGUAGUGGGAUUGUAGCCACAGAAUUGUAUUGACACUUUUACUGUCUGGCUGUGUUUGUGUGAUUUGAUAGCUGCAGUAAUGCGAUGGCAGAGCCUGGUGGGAUGUACCUGCCAAGCACCUGGUGAUUUAGACUUCCUAAAUGUAAUUACUCUGCAGCUCUCUGACCGUGUUAUACAUUAUACAUGAUUUGUUGUUGAGAUGUUUUGUUUUGCCUUUAUUUUUGUUGUAUUUUCUGCUAAGCUUUUGAAAAAAAAAUCUACCUUUUAAGACAUGCUCAAUCCAAAGAUUUUUGUUUGUCAUUCUGCAGUGUGUAGAGAAACUUUCCCUGAAGGAGAUGGUGUGAGUACUUGUAUAUGUGUGCUUCUCUUUGCACAUAGUAAACAUUCAUACACUUUCAUACACAUCCAUAGCAUGCAGGCAUCUGGGUCUGCUUAUUUAUACGAUUAUUUCUUAGAAUCUUUAUGGCCAGUUGAAAUGUGGUGCUGGAAUUUAUUUCAUUAAAGAAUGUUUGAGUUUGUUGAAGUUGUUUUUAUGAAACAUGACUUCAUGAUAAACUUAAUUACUUCAUGGAAUAGAUUUUGAGUGGGUUUAAUUUUCAGUCCUGAUGAAGAAAAAGAAAAGUAAUUAUCCACCGAAUAUUCAAAAGAAGCAUCGUCUGUGCUUUGCUGGAUCCCUCUCUAUGCAUCUUUUGAUCUUAUGACAAGAGAGGUGAUGAAAAGAACACAUGGGGACAAUAUACUGUCAUUGUCACAGGAUGUAAAUUACAUUGCAUUUUUCUUACUCGUACUUGAUGUUAAUAUUGAUGUAAAUACAAAUUUCUAUUUAAACAUUA